AUGGCUGACACAAAAACUUCAAACUGUGAUGAACAUUUCAGUGUGGAGAAACUAAAGGAAUGGCCAGAGCCGGAGUCUGUUUCUUUAAUGGAGGUAUUAGCUAGAGAAGACAUCGACGAAGCUGUGCAUGCAAUAUUAUUUAGAGAAAACUAUGUUGUGAAGAGAUUGGAUACAUAUUUACAGCACCUGGCUGUUUUUAAGGAAAGAAGAAAAGAGAUGUUACAUAAGAAAUGGGUUGAAAAUGUGGUGCAGCCUCUUCAGCAGAGAAUUACAGAUAAAAUAAUUUCAUAUCGAAGACCUGGAAAAAAUCAAGUGAAAUAUGAAUACUGCUUAAAGCAUACAAAUAAACCGACUGAAAUGUCUUCAUCGUGUGAAUGUCUGUUUCAAAAACAGCAAGAGCUCAGAGAAGCAAAAGGAACCAGUCCCCAACAUGGCAGAGGAAAACCACAUGACACACAAAAGGAAGCCAAAGAAAAGGGUCUUCCCUUCGGCAGAUCGCCCCCGUUCCCACUCAGGUCCCGUUGCCCUGUUCCCAGAGAGAGGCAGAGAGCCUGUCCGCGGUUCAUGCAGAGUAAGCCUGGUGGCAGGAACAGGUACAAGGGAGUCAGUUCUGAAAAGCUUGUCUGCACAUUAAAGUGCCACCUGCCUAAGGAGGAGAAGGCUGUCAGUCGGAGCCAGCUUGUGUUUGAAAGGCAGUUCCGAGCCUCAAAGCUCAGCCAGGAGAACAGAGCGGCCGAAAAGAAGGGUCCGGCUUUAGGGACCAGGCCGCAGAGACCAGGCUCCUGGGUGGCAGCAGACAGUGUGCAGAGGCCCUGCCCUGUGAGGCGAAGAGCGAUGACAGCAGAGAUCCUGGGGAGGCACCUGGCCUCCCUGCAGCAGGCAGCCAGAUCCGGCCUCCAGUGGUCCUAG